UCUCUCUCUCUCUCUCUCUUUUUCUAUUCGGUGACUGGCGCAUAAGCCGUUCUUCCGAGUGCCCCGAGGAGAGCAGCAGGCGCGUAUAUGUAUCUACUAUAUUCGCGCAGCAGCAGCAGCGUAUAGCUUGGAAGUAGAGUCGAUCGUGUGUAGUGCGCGUUCGCUGUGCUUUUGCUCUGCUCUGCACACUGCUCCGUGCCACUGUUGACUCUGUGCUAUGCACUCUGCCGCGUAUAUACGCGCGCAUUAGAUAUACAUUCAUAAUAUACACUUGACGUCGUUUAUCGUCUCUCUGUCUCGUUUCGUCGCGCACGCACGCACGCACACACACACACUUGGUGACUGCGUGCGCGCUCGAGCCACUGCUGCACGAUCGACGUGAAAAAACGGAGACGGAGCUAGAAAUCUGCCAGACGAGAAGAAAAAAAAAGAGUCCGAAUCAAGAAUUGCGCGCGCGCGUGUGUGUGUUGUGUGACGUUUCAUUGCGUGCACAUAUAAAAAUACUUUUAUUACUUCGCUUUUACAACUGUGUACAAAUGUAAUUACUGACUGACGAGCAGCAGCAGCAGCAGCAGCAGUGAGUGUGUGCGGAGCCUUCGUGUUUGUUAGUGCUCGCGAAUCGCUCUAUAGCUGCUGGUAGCAGCAACAGCAGCAACUUUUCUGUAUAAAACAUAGCCUUAGGCUGUCGUGUCGUCUGUGCCUCGCGAUUUGACUUUAUUUUAUAUACAUGAGUAUAUUUAUAUGUGAGUGCAUUGUUACGAUCGCGCAAUAACAUUUCGAUCGAGGUUCGCGCGAGAGCAGCUGAUCUUUUUCACUCCUGGCUAUAUUACGCUAUAUCGAUUAUAUCCCAAAUAUGAUGGAGACGAAGAGACAUAAGAGGCACAAGCGUGAACAUCUCGAAGCUGACAGUUCUUUCUCUGCAGAGGGCCAGCCAAAAGUUCUCAAGUUAGUAUUGAAAGUAGGCAAUAAUACUCAGACUCAGGAAUAUAUCGAGUCAAAAACGCCUGAUCAAGCAAACAUGCUGUCACAAAACUAUCAACAGAGAAUGGGUUACAAUUAUUCAGUGCAACCAGGGGAGCAGGAGUUUGAUGAUUAUAUGGGUCACAAGAAAAUGAAAAAGAAGAAAAAGAAGAAGGAUAAACGGCACAAACAUCAUCACAAGGAUAAGAAGAGGAAAAGGGAUGAAGCUGGAUUAGACACAUGCAAUGGUGAUGAGGCUAUUUCUGAAACCCCUAAAAAACACGCUUUUGGUUCCCAGCAAAGACCAGUUGCACCUUCUGUUACUGAAGGUAAAGGAGCAAAUGCUACAUCAAGUAAUGUUUCUCCUCACAGAGAACCCAGAACUUGUGUUCUUAGGAAGAUUGCUGAAAAGACACCACUUCAGAGGCUUUUAGAACAUUUGUUGAGAUCUAUGGAAAAACGUGAUCCUCAGCAAUUUUUUGCUUGGCCUGUCACAGAUAAUAUUGCUCCUGGUUACUCAACUAUUAUCACAAAUCCUAUGGAUUUCAGUACAAUUAAACAAAAGAUAGAUGAUAAUAAUUAUCAGUGUUUAAAUGAUUUUGUUAGUGAUUUUAAAACAAUGUGUAACAAUGCAAUGACUUAUAAUCAUCAAGAUACUAUUUAUUAUAAAACUGCUAAAAAAUUAUUGCACACUGGUUUAAAAAUGGUUACUCCAGAAAAGUUAAAACCUCUUAGAUCAGUAUUGAUUUAUAUGCAAGACUUGACUACAGAAGAGCUUGGAUUUGAAUUAGGAACAGAAGUUAUUGCUCAAGAUCAGCCUCAAGUUACUGAAGAACAAAUUGAAAAAGAAAGAGAACAAGAAGAACAGAUGGAAGAAGCUGCAGAGUUGAGAAAGGAAAAUCAUCGAAAAAUGACAUUAGCUAGUCUUUCCAAAUUUGAAGCUAUACCAGAUGAUUUAUCUCCUGAGGAGAUAUUGAGUCAAGCUCAAGGUGCAGCUAAGAAUGCUGCUGAUAAAUUAAGCAUGAAACGUGCUGGCUCUAAAAUGGGGUUCUUACGUCAGAAAAAAGAUGGAACUACAAGUUUACAAAUUAUCGUUCCUGGAGAUGGUGUUAUUCCAGGCACUAAUCAGAGACCUGUAUCAUUAGGUCAACUUAUUGGAAAGAUAAACCAUGGAACUGGUUCUCUGCAAGGUUAUAGGGAAGACAGACGAAAUUUAUCCAAACCAAUAAAGCCACUAUAUUAUGGAGCAUUUGGUUCACAUGCUCCAAGCUAUGAUUCAACUUUUGCUAACUUGACUAAAGAGGAAUCCGAUUUAGUUUAUAAAACGUAUGGUGAUGAAACUGCUGUGCAGUAUGCUGAAUCCAUGUUAGAUUUUGCCAAAGACUGUGAUUUUUCAUUGAAUAUGGUUGAUGAUAUGUUGGAUAUCUUUACAACUGGAGACCACAGAAAAACUAAGAAAUUCCUUGAUGAAAGACGUAAACUUAAAGAGGAGGAAGAAAAAAUCAAAAAUCUCCUGGAAAAACCUGUCCAAGACAUUAAUAGAAACAUUCCACCAAUUAAUAAGGUUCAAAUUGAUGUUGGCCAACUAAAAACAUUAUCAGAUAUUGGCAUUGAUACUAACUUCUUGGAGAAUUUGGGAGAGGAAUUGAAAACUGAAGAAGAAUGUGGACUACUACAAAAUCGACUUGACACCACAUCAAAUUUACUGAAUGAUCUUCGAACAACGCAGCACAACCGUCUUUCGGCGCCGCUUCCGUCACAUUACGCAAACAUUCAAAAAGCCUCUGAAUCAGAAACUUCAUUGGCAGAAAAAAUUACUGAAAACUUGACCGACAUUGCUAAAAAAUUGCCACCAUCUGCAAUUGCUCCUAUUGAUGGAUUAAGAAAAGCUAUGGGUAUUGCGCCGAUUGGUGGGCCUGAACCAAUGGAUGUCGAACCAAUUACACAUAAUCCAUCUAUUGUAACUGAAAACUCUAUAUUGCAAGAGGCUACGAAUCAAGGGAAUAAUAUUUUACCCAUGCAAAUGUCUCUAGACCUGGGUAACGUCAGGCAGGCACAAAUACCUAUGCAAAUGGUAUUAGGACAAAAUCAAAAUGCAUCACUUUUAAACUCUGCAGAAAAUUCUGGUGUUAAUGAUUUAGAAUCAGAAUUGCGCGAAUUGUUGGAAAGUGAUCCAACGUUAGGUCAUUCACCUUUGCAUCAUGACGAUAAAACUUUGGAGGAUAUACUUUCUGAAUCUUAGCACGUAAUACAGUCGAUAGUAUCAAACAGUCAGUUGGAUUCAUUCAAGUGAAACAAAACUGUAAAUUUAUAUAAUUUAUUUCAGCUUAUUUAUUAGAAUAAGUUUUUAAAUUUGAUUUAUGUACGAAAAAUAAAUCAAUUUGGCGCAUUCGACUCCGAAAUAGUUUAUAUAUAUUUCGAUUCGCUUCGGAAUUUCUGGAUGAAAUUUAUUCGCUGUAAUCAUGUAAUAAAAUAUUUUUAGACAAUUAAAAAACUCAAUCAUCCCUUAUUUGAUAUUGUUUUAAGUAAAAUAAAUGCCUGUUGUACAUAGUAUUAAUAAGGUAAAAAUCAUUAAAGUCUAUAUAUGUAUAAAU